AUGUCUUCACUGCGUCCAACAGUCGCCGUCGACAGGUUGAAAACUGCGGACGUUUCCCGCGAAGAAUCCGGUCCGGUCCGCCUAGCCAGCGAUUCAACCGCCAGCCGAUUUUCACUUUCUUUCCUGGAAGGAAUCCGUGCAUUUUGUUCGCUUUCCACUUCUGAGCGCCCGGUUCUGCAGCAGUCAGUAUGGCGCCGUCUCAGCAAAACAAUCCCGGUCGGUUCGUUCCAGCAGACAUGCGCCUGUCGCCCGCCUCUGCCUUUAUUCCUACGUCUUUCCUGGGGCCCAACAAGCGCACGCACCCGGCCGCUUUCGCGGAAUCUCCGUUGGAGGUUCCAGAGUCUUCGUCCGCGCCGGCUCUGCCGUCUUCAUUUUUCCUUUCUGCAGGCGAAUUCCCCAGAGUCGCGGAGCCGAAGCGCCGGCGUUUGUCCUCGCAGACCCCCGCGGAAGUUUCGAAUCGCCGCCUGCACUCUGUCACGUCCAGCGAUGACUGCCUUGUCAACGCAGCUUCCGGCGCCUUCGACUGUGGUACUGGAGCUGCUGCAUGCUUCUCCCCGCAGCGUGUCGCAGCGUCCUUUCCUCCCUUGCCCGAAGCUGCUUUCUCGUCGCAUGCUUCUCGGGAUGUUGCUCGAGACUACCCUAGACAGCCGCCUAGCCUCCUGUCCCACCUCUCCAGGGAAAAUGUCACUUCCGCCUUCUCUGCGGCGCUGCAGGCGGGCGGCGGCCCCGACAACGCGCACAUACACUGCAACCGGGAAGCGAGGCAAUUCGACGAGUCCGCCGAGAUGCUUGAAACUCCCGAAGAGAACUGUGCUCCGACGCUGCUGCCAAGACGCCCCAGGUGUGCAGGAGGCGGCAAGGCUGCUGCUGAAAUGUUCAGAGCCUACGACUUGUUCUACAUGUGAAAAACGCGAAUCGACAGCCUUCUAA